AGUGGACUAGAAGAUGAACUCAACUGAAUUCAGUGAAGAUGUAGAAGAAGUUCUAAAAAAUAACAAUGUGAAGGUGGAGACAGAGGGUGACAAUGCUGUGCUGGACUGCUCUAGGAAUUCCAGGGCCUCUGAGAAGCACCCUCUGGACAAUGUCUUCACUGCCCUCCAGGAUUGCAGCAAACGGAAGCAACCAGGCAGCGAAGGCCAGCCAGACUCUGUCCCCAGCGUGAAGAGGCGGCGGCUGAUACCAGAGGCACUUCUGGCAGGUAUGCGUAAUCGUGAGAACAGCUCGCCCUGCCAAGGCAAUGGAGAGCAGGCCAGCAGAGGCCGGAGCGGGAGCUCUGUGUGGCCUGGUGAAGAGGAGCCCCCCAGCGACACCACUGCCCCUUCCUACAAGAAGCCUCUCUAUGGCAUCUCCCACAAGAUCAUGGAGAAGAAGAACCCUCCCCCAGGAGACAUGCUCAGCCCCUAUGAGCUCUUUGAGAAGGCAAACCCAAGCAAUAGUCCCUCUCCCCUGCGCCUGCUGAAUGAGUCUCAGAAGCGGGAAUGUGGUGCUGGGGCAGCCUCUGAUGGUGACCCCAAUAUCUACUUCCUGAUCCAGAAGAUGUUCUACAUGCUCAACACGCUCACAUCCAACAUGUCCCAGCUCCACAGCAAGGUGGACCUGCUCUCCCUGGAGGUGAGUCGCAUCAAGAAGCAGGUGAGCCCCUCUGAGCUGGUGGCCAAGUUCCAGCCUCCUCCUGAGUACCAGCUCACUGCUGCAGAGCUCAAGCAGAUCGUGGAGCAGAGCCUGUCCUGCGGGGACCUGGCCUGCCGCUUGCUGGUGCAGCUCUUCCCCGAGCUUUUCAGCGAUGUGGACUUUUCCCGGGGCUGUACUGCCUGUGGCUUUGCUGCCAAGCGGAAGCUAGAGUCGCUGCACCUCCAGCUCAUCCGAAACUACGUGGAGGUCUACUACCCCUCUGUGAAGGACACAGCCGUGUGGCAGGCUGAGUGCUUGCCACAACUCAAUGACUUCUUCAGCCGCUUUUGGGCCCAGCGGGAAAUGGAAGACAGCCAGCCUGCAGGCCAGGUCACCAGCUUCUUUGAAGCAGACCAAGUGGAUGCUGGCAACUUCUUGGACAAGGACCAAGAGGAGGCCCUGUCUCUGGACCGUAGCAGCACCAUUGCCUCAGACCAUGUGGUGGACACGCAGGACCUCACUGAGUUUCUAGACGAAGCCUCCUCCCCGGGUGAAUUUGCCGUGUUCCUUCUCCACCGGCUCUUCCCGGAGCUCUUUGACCAUCGGAAGCUGGGUGAGCAGUACAACUGCUAUGGUGAUGGGGGCAAGCAGGAGCUGGACCCACAGAGACUGCAGAUCAUCCGCAACUAUACCGAGAUCUACUUCCCUGACAUGCAGGAGGAGGAGGCCUGGGUGCAGCAGUGUGCUCAGCGCAUCAAUGACGAGCUGGAGGGCCUGGGGCUGGAGGCGGGCAGCGAGGGUGAGCCCCCACGCGACGACUGCUAUGACUCCUCCAGCCUGCCCGAUGACAUCUCCGUGGUCAAGGUAGAGGACAGCUUCGAAGGCGACCGACCCGGCCGGCGCUCUAAGAAGAUCUGGCUGGUGCCCAUCGACUUUGACAAGCUGGACAUCCCACAGCCUGACUUUGAAGUGCCAGGCUCUGACUGCCUGCUCAGCAAGGAGCAGCUGCGCAGCAUCUACGAGAGCAGCCUGUCCAUUGGCAACUUUGCCUCCCGCCUGCUGGUGCACCUCUUCCCUGAGCUCUUCACCCACGAGAACCUGCGCAAGCAGUACAACUGUAGUGGCUCCCUGGGCAAGAAGCAGUUGGACCCUUCCCGCAUCAGGCUGAUCCGUCACUACGUACAGCUGCUCUACCCGCGGGCUAAGAAUGACCGCGUGUGGACGCUGGAGUUCGUGGGCAAGCUGGAUGAGCGCUGCCGGCGCCGGGACACAGAACAGAGGCGCUCCUACCAGCAGCAGCGCAAGGUCCAUGUGCCGGGCCCUGAGUGCCGGGAUCUGACAAGCUAUGCAAUCAACCCUGAGAGGUUCCGAGAGGAGUUUGAAGGGCCCCCGUUGCCUCCUGAAAGGAGCAGCAAGGACUUCUGCAAGAUCCCCCUGGACGAGCUAGUGGUCCCCUCGCCCGACUUUCCUGUGCCUUCCCCCUACUUGCUGUCGGACAAGGAGGUACGCGAGAUCGUGCAGCAGAGCCUGUCUGUGGGCAACUUCGCUGCCCGCCUCCUGGUUAGGCUCUUUCCCGAACUCUUCACCGCGGAGAACCUUCGACUACAGUACAACCACUCCGGGGCUUGCAACAAGAAGCAGCUGGACCCCACGCGGCUGAGGCUCAUCCGCCAUUAUGUGGAAGCUGUCUACCCCGUGGAGAAGAUGGAGGAGGUAUGGCACUAUGAAUGUAUCCCCAGCAUUGAUGAGCGGUGUCGCCGCCCCAACAGGAAAAAGUGCGACAUCCUCAAGAAAGCCAAGAAAGUGGAGAAAUGACAGGUUUGGGGGCCGACCGGAGACUUAGGGCACCAAAGGCUGAGUGAUGGGGCCCUUGGGACUGAGCAUCACUUUGGAGCACGUGUAUGGAUGGUAUCCACAGACAGGCACCUUAUGUCAGUGGGGAGUGGUUUCCUACAUUUGCACAGGUAAACACCCACCCAGCCAGGAGAAAGAAGCUUUGAAUUUGGUCUCUUGUAGUCAUGACUUCGUUCUUUGUUACCUGGUGAUACAACCCAAGUUUGAGGGUAUCCAAGUUGUGAGAUCAGAGGUAUUGGCAGAGUAGGGUCACCUCUCCCUGGCAGUGCCCUCUCCACCCCUCACAAUUCAAAAUGUAAAUUCAGCAACUUGUUUCUUUCCCCACAUUUCUCAUCUUCCAUUUUUA